AUGACCAUCAGGAGACCGUCCUGCAGUGACCUCCACUGUCCCCAGGGCACCACGUGUAAGAUGACCAAUGGGUGGCCGCAGUGUGUCCAUCAACAACCAUCGUGUCAGGAUGUCCAGUGCCAGAAGGGCUCCACGUGCCAGAUGGUCAGAGGGUGGCCACGGUGCGUCCAGACCAUCAGGAGACCGUCCUGCCGGGAUGUCCAGUGUCCCAAGGACACCUGGUGUCACAUGGUCAGAGGGUGGCCACGGUGCGUCCAGACCAUCAGGAGACCGUCCUGCCGGGAUGUCCAGUGUCCCAAGGACACCUGGUGUCACAUGGUCAGUGGUCACCCCCAGUGUGUCCGGACCACGACGUCCAUGGUGGGUCCCUCGUGCCGCGAUGUCCGGUGCCCCAAGGCCGGCCGGUGCCAGGUGACCGCCGGGUGGCCGCAGUGUGUCCAUCCCCUGCGGAGCGUCCGCGCUGUCCCCGCCCUGUCCUGCGCCGACGUCACCUGCCAGCCCGGCGCCACCUGCCAGGUGCUGCAGGGCUGGCCCAGGUGUGUCCCCAAGGUGGCCUCGUGUGACGGCGUCCCAUGCCCACCUGGGUCCACCUGUCAGAUGGACGGAGCCACGCCCAGGUGUGUCCCCAAAGCUCCAUCCUGCCAGGACCUCACCUGCCCACCUGGGUCCACCUGUCGGAUGGACGGAGCCACGCCCAGGUGUGUCCCCAAAGUUCCAUCCUGCCAGGACCUCACCUGCCCACCUGGGUCCACCUGUAGAAUGGACAGAGCCACGCCCAGGUGUGUCCCCAUCAAAUUGACCUGUCAGGACCUCACCUGCCCACCUGGAGCUACCUGUAGAAUGGAGAAAUCAACCCCCAGGUGUGUCCCCAUCAAAUUGACCUGCCAGGACCUCACCUGCCCACCUGGGUCCACCUGUCAGAUGGACGGAGCCACGCCCAGGUGUGUCCCCGUGGCACUGACCUGCCACGACCUUACCUGCCCACCCGGAUCCACCUGUCAGAUGGAUGGAGCCACACCCAGGUGUGUUCCUAUCAAAUUGACCUGCCAGGACCUCACCUGCCCACCUGGAUCUACCUGUCAGAUGGAAGGAGCCACGCCCAGGUGUGUUCCUAUCAAAUUGACCUGCCAGGACCUCACCUGCCCACCUGGAGCUACCUGUCAGAUGGAAGGAGCCACGCCCAGGUGUGUCCCCAAAGCUCCAUCCUGCCAGGACCUCACCUGCCCACCUGGGUCCACCUGUCAGAUGGAAGGAGCCACGCCCAGGUGUGUCCCCGUGGCACUGACCUGCCACGACGUUACCUGCCCACCCGGAUCCACCUGUAGAAUGGAGAAAUCAACCCCCAGGUGUGUCCCCAAAGCUCCAUCCUGCCAGGACCUCACCUGCCCACCCGAAUCGACCUGUCAGAUGGACGGAGCCAUGCCCAGGUGUGUCCCUGUCAAAGUGACCUGCCAGGACCUCACCUGCCCACCUGGAUCCACCUGUAGAAUGGACGGAGCCACGCCCAGGUGUGUCCCCAUGAAACUGACCUGCCAGGACCUCACCUGUCCACCUGAAUCCACCUGUAGAAUGGACGGAGCCACGCCCAGGUGUGUCCCUGUCAAAGUGACCUGUCAGGACCUCACCUGCCCACCUGGAUCCACCUGUAGAAUGGAGAAAUCAACCCCCAGGUGUGUCCCCAUUAAAUUGACCUGCCAGGACCUCACCUGCUCACCUGGAGCUACCUGUAGAAUGGAUGGAGCCACGCCCAGGUGUGUUCCUAUCAAAUUGACCUGCCAGGACCUCACCUGCCCACCUGGAUCCACCUGUAGAGUGGACGGAGCCACGCCCAGGUGUGUCCCCAAAGCUCCGUCCUGCCAGGACCUCACCUGCCCACCUGGGUCCACCUGUAGAAUGGACAGAGCCACGCCCAGGUGUGUUCCCAUCAAAUUGACCUGCCAGGACCUCACCUGCCCACCUGGGUCCACCUGUCAGAUGGAUGGAGCCACGCCCAGGUGUGUCCCCAUCAAAUUGACCUGCCAGGACCUCACCUGCCCACCUGGGUCCACCUGUCAGAUGGACGGAACCACGCCCAGGUGUGUCCCCGUGGCACUGACCUGCCAGGACCUCACCUGCCCACCUGGGUCCACCUGUCGGAUGGACGGAGCCACGCCCAGGUGUGUCCCCAUCAAAUUGACCUGCCAGGACCUCACCUGCUCACCUGGGUCCACCUGUCAGUUGGACAGAGCCACGCCCAGGUGUGUCCCCGUGGCACUGACCUGCCAGGACCUCACCUGCCCACCCGGAUCCACCUGCCAGGCCCCGCCCUGCCCACCUGGCCUCACCUGCCUCCCCACCUGCGCGCCGGCCCCGCCCCUCGUGUGCCACGUCCUGAGCCGGCGCCGCUUCCGCGCCUUCGACGGCCGCACCUGGCGGCUGCCGCUCACCUGUCCCCUGGUGGCCACCUGCGCGGGCUCACCUGCGCUGCAGGUGUGGCUCUCCGGCCAGGUGGGCUCCGGCCCCAGGGCCACCUUCGGGCGAGUGACGGUGGCCGGAGACGGGUUCCAGGUGGAGCUGCGGCACGGCGAGGGGACCGCGGCCAGGGUGUCCGGCCGCCGCGUGCGCCUCCCGGUGUCGCUGGCCGGGGGCCGGGUGCAGGUGCGGCGCCGGGGGGGGCAGCGCCAGGUGCUGCUCACCUGGGCGGGGCUGCAGGUGAGCCUGGCAGGUGACGGCGCCGUCAGCGUGACGGGAACGGCGGCGGCCGCCAGGGGGCUCUGCGGGGCCUGCGCCGGGCAGCGCACCUGUGCCGCAGGUGAGGGGCUGGGGGGGGACAGCCCCUCCCCCCUCGGCCCCUCCCCUCCGCCCCGCCCCUCCCCUGCUACCUGCCGGCUCCAGGCCCCGCCCCCGCUGGAGGUGGCGCUGGGGGGCGGGGCCGUGAGGGUGACGCUGGCGGGCAGCAGGUGGCACCUGGAGAGGGGGCGUGUCCAGCUGGACGGCGCCGCGCUCCCGCUGCCCUUCUGCCUCCCGGACGGCUCCGUCUGCGUCGGCCCCGCCCCCGGCCACGCCCUGCUCCUGCUGACCCCCGACCUGCGCGUGGCCACCGGCCCCGGCGACGUCCUGGAGGUCACCGUGUCCCCCCGGCUCCGCAACCGCACCUGCGGCCUCUGCGGCGACUUCGACGGCGACGCCGGCAACGACCUCGGGAGUGACCGCGGGGACACCGGGAGUGACCACGGGGACACCAAGAGUGACCACGGGGACACCGGGAGUGACCGCGGGGACAUCAGGAGGUGUCCCCAGGGCCGCUGCCCGUCCAGGUGUGCCCCGGCCGCCGGCGCCGCCCCCCGGCCCCGCCGCGACCUGCACACAGGUCGCCUGCUGGAACCACUGGGAGCACUGGGAGGAGCCCUCGGAGCCCCACUGGGAGCACUGGGAGGAGCCCUGGGGGGGCCACUGGGAGCACUGGGGGGGCCACUGGGAGGAGCCCUGGGGGGACCACUGGGAGGGCCACUGGGAGUACUGGGAGGGCCACUGGGAGUACUGGGAGGGCCACUGGGAGCACUGGGAGGAGCCCUGGGGGGGCCACUGGGAGCACUGGGAGCCCCGGUGGCCCCCGGGGCCAUCCUGGGGCCGCUGCCGGGGCUGCCCUUGGGGCCAUAAACUGGGCCGGGCCGGGCUGGGGACAAUAA